UACUCCAAAAAAACAAAAAAAAACUUAAAUCUUCCAUCAUGACUUCCUCCAAAGCAUUUCUAUACUUGGUCUUUUUCUCUUCUUUUCAUUUCUUCACUGUUUUUUCCACUCAAUUUACUGUUGGUGGUGACAAAGGAUGGAUCAUACCUAAAGAUGAUCAACUAUACAAUGAAUGGGCUGCCAAAAAUAGGUUCAAGGUUAACGACACUUUAACAUUUGAGUACAAAAAGGACUCGGUGUUGGCUGUGACACAAGAAGAGUACGAGAAGUGCAAAUCGGUGCACCCGAUUUAUUUUUCGAACAAUGGGAAAUCCGAAUUCAAAUUGGAUCGACCCGGCCUGUUUUAUUUCAUUAGUGGAGUAUCGGGCCAUUGUGAAAGGGGCCUAAAAAUGAUUGUUAAAGUAUUGGAACCAGCAGGCCCACCUAAUCAAGCUGCAGAUCAUACUACUGGGCCUUCUACUAGUGGUGCAGCCCAAUUGGCUAAUGUGGUUGGGGUGUUGGUGGUUUCAUUAUUUGGAGCUAUUUUUAUUUAGUUUAUAAAUUCUAAAAAAAAAAAAAUUGUUUUGGUAUUUAGGUUUUUGUUUAG